GGGGGGAGAGAUGAUUGGGUGGGGAAGCUACAACAACAAGCAGAAGAAUGGAUUACCACACUGGAGGAGGGAUGCAAGCAGAUGCAGACGAUAGUGGGGCUGCUUAUGCAUCGGCAACACGAAGGGGGGAAGAUCGAUGGGGGAGCGAUUUCGAUGGAACAGUGGUUGGAAGAUAGGAUUCAGGAGUUGUUAGAUAUCUUGUGGGAGCUGGAGGAUGGGCCGGAUCCCCGGCUCCGUGGCUACAUCGACUGGAGGCGGGCGGAUGACAGGUUGGCUGCUUGCAGAACCCUCUUCACAUUGGGGCGAGAUUUGUGCAAUCAGUUGGAGUAUCGACAUGGACUGCUGGCAGAUGAAGAUGAUUGCAGCAAAAACAUCAGUUACAGCGACAUCAACGAUAGGGACGGGGUCAACAAUAACAAUGAUGGGGGGGGCGACGUCCACGGUUGCAGCACGAUGGGAGAGAUACAGCAGGUGGACGCGGAAGAUAAUGGAGACGUCAACAACAACAACAACAACAACAAUAUCAACUACAGCAACAACAACAAAAACGAUGGUGCGCAGGGAUUGGGAUUGGGCGAAAUGGGCAAAGGGGAUGUGAAGGUUGACACUAACAUCAACAACGAUGGCGAGAACAACAACGACGACCACGCCGACAACAACAACAACAACAUGAUGGCGGAAUUGAGAGAAGAAAGGGUGACGAAUCAUAGAGAUGCCAUGAUUGAUAGUGACGAGUAUAAGGGGGGAGAUGGUGAGUGGUGGGUUGACCUGAUGUCGCUUUCUUAUCAGGUCAUGGCAAAGAGGGCUGCUGUCGGAGAUGAGCGGAAACAUGCCUUCGAUGAGGCAGGAGAGGGGGAAGUGGAGUUGGGGCUACUGGCAACGACGGCAGCAGAGGCGGUGACGCUUCUGUCUCCGCUGUGCGUUGCAAAUGAAAAUACUUUUGGAACGAUGCUGAAAGUACACCCUAUGGAAAAGGAAGGUGAAGACCCUGAGUUGGGCUCGGUGAGAUUUGAUAUAGAUGUGAGCGUGAAGGCUCAAGUCAAACCACGGUUGGUGGUAGGCGUUCUUAGACAGGGAGAUUACUAUUUUGAGGUAGUCACAGCGCAAACCGCGUGGUGUAAUCACUGUAGGGAAUUCUAUCAUGAUGCAAAGGAGGAGUGUCCAGGUAACGCUGAAGCAGAUCCGUUCGCGGACAACUUCAAUAGACCUGAACCCCCGAUUCCACCCUUCUCAGGUUUUGUGCCGGUAGGGGAGGAUGCCCCUACGACAGGAUUUCGUAGAUUUCCGGGGGGAUACCAGUCGUAUCCGGAACAACAAGCCUCAGGCUCAAAGAGUGGGCAGAGAGACGAGGGUCGGAGGAGGGGCGAAGGACUAUCGAAGGGGCAUGAAGUCAAAUUGCAGCAGGGGAAGAAGCAGAACAAGAAGGCGAAGGGUAAGCAAGUGGAACCUAGUGGACAGUUUUCGAGUGCAAAGGGGGGUCACUCGAGCCAAGGCUCUGAGUCGGAGGGAGAGGGGAGCAGUCGACUGUCCAAACUAGAGAGGGGGGCGUACAAAGCAUUAUCAAAAGUUUUCAGACCUGUGAGUGACACAAGGGACAAAAUGAAGGACAUCUCAUUUUAGGGAUAUGCAAGAGAGGUUAAGAGACCUGAAGGAUCUGAAGAAAAAGAGGAAGAAGAGGAAGAAGAAGAAGAAGAAGAAGAAGAUGAUGGAAAGGAAGACGAAGGAUCCCUGAUGGAAGAGGAAGGUAGUGGGACAGGGGGCGGUGGGACAGGGGGUCCGGGGAGAGCGGAAGGUCUGGUGGGAGGAGAACCAAUUGAAACCCUGGGACGAAGGGAUGAUAACGUUACUAGAGUCUUAGUCCCGCUCAUCUUUGCUCGCGCUAGUGCAGGCAUGAUGGUUCUGGCUACUCAGUUAGCAGACGGCUCAAUGGAGCUGCCAACGGUGGAAUUCAAUGAAUUAUUGACAGAAUC